AUGGCUGGACUCCAACCUAAUAUCUGGGCUGGUGUCGCGAUCCCAUGGCUCGCGGCUUUGACAUCUCUUAUUCUUCGCGUCUGCGCCCGGCGCAUGACCAAGAUGAGCUGGUGGUUUGACGAUUACUUCACCAUCCUGGCGUUUCUCUUCGCGACGGGGUAUUGCGGUAUCAUGGUUGAAUGGACGCUACAUGCUUAUCUCGGAGUGAAUAUUCCCGACUCAAUGCCUACCGAUGAGCGCGAGGCGAUUCUGCAACGAGCACGAUUUCUGGCCUACUUCAACUCCCUCUGCUACGCAUCAUCAAUCGCUUGUUCCAAGCUCGCCAUCUUGUGUCUGUAUUGGCGAUUGUUUCGCAUUUCAUCCAUUCGCAUUCCGAUCAUGGUGAUGCUGGUUAUGGUAGUCAUCUGGAUCAUCCUCCGAACCUUCAUGCUCACAUUUCGUUGCGUCCCUGUCCAGUCGCUUUGGGACUACACUAUUACGGACAAGGUCUGCAACAUCAACAGCGACCAAUUCUUCCUGGGAACCAUCACGACUCAUUUUAUCAUGGAUAUAAUCAUCCUGGUCUUACCCAUUAUUGAAGUCUUCAGACUUAGACUUCGGACAGGUCAAAAGCUAGCAAUCGGAGCCUUGUUCCUUCUUGGUACCAUUGUAUGCAUUGCAUCAAUGUUUGUGCUGAUUGUGCUUGUUAACUACCCCGAUAACACAACGCAGAUGCCUCAUGACUAUGCCAUGUUCUGUAUUCUAGGCUCUGUUGAAGUCAAUAUCGCCAUUGUCUCUGCGUGCUUCCCUCUUCUACGUCCAGUAUUUGUGCAUGUUCUCCCUUCCAGUUUCCUCAGUUCAUAUGGCAAAAGCAGUCAGCCUAUCAGCCGACCGAGCAAUGCCAUCAAGCUUACAACUCUUAUUCGGACAAACAAGGACCGGGAAGCGGAUGAAACAAGCUCAACACAUCAAUUGGCAGACGUUGAGAACGGACUGCAUUAUCAUUCUGGUGACGGGUCACGGUCCGAAGGAGUGCAUACUAUGAUCUCGAGCGAGCAAUCGGGUUCUGGUCCUGAAUUCGAUACGGCGGGAAUCCACGUGCGAAAUGACACGGUAGUGGAGAUUAAGCAAGUUGAAAACAAAGGCUUCUAUCGGCUUGAGUAG